AUGAAUACAAAAAUGGUAAUAAUUGUAUAAUAUAUUAUAAUCUAAGUACCUAUUUAUUUUGUAUUAAUGAUAGUUUAAAUUAUUUUUACCAUUCAUAGACUCACCCAACACCCAAUAUGACUCCCGAACAGCUACACAAUCUUUUGCCAUAUAAAAAGUCUGAAGACCCGGUUCAUUUUUACCUGCCAGAUAAUUUUGUUCCUGGUUCUAUUGCGUUUGCCAAUUUUCCUGUCAAACCCAACAUACGUAAAGUAAGUUGACCUUUUUGUUAAAAUGACCUAGGUUGUACUAUUGACUUAUUUACCUACUUUCAAUGAUGUAGUUAUUACCUACCUUUUCUGAAGAAUUAAUUGUUUUCUCUUGGAAAUUAAUAAUGUGAUAAAAAAAACUCUGUAGUAAAUAUGAAAAAUGUAUCAGGUUUUAAAAUAAAUUUUGAAUGGAAAUACUUACCAUUACAUAUACUUGUUCAUUGUGAAUUUUACAUUAUUUUACUUUAUUUAAAUGGUUACUUAAUCAUUUUCCUAUGUCUAAGUUUGCUUACCACGUUCUUAUUUUCAGCCACAGACGAAUAGACCUUAUAAAAGGCCACAUCAAUCUAACUGGACUCAAAGUGAAGCAAAAAGGAUUUAUGUGAAAAAAACUGUAAACUUAUAUCAUUGGACACAGCCAGGACUACCCGCUGACUUUGUCCGUAAAAUUGUUUCAGAUAGUUGGGACAACAUGUCUGAAGAGGAAAAACAAAUUUAUGAAAAACAGGUAUGUAAAUAAAACCUUUUUUAUUUUGUUUCUUUUCCAAAAAAUGUUCUGUUUAUAAACAUUUAAAUAAAUAUUGAACAGUUUGAACUUCUUUGUUUACAUGCAGUCGAUUAAUUUAAUUGUAAUUAUUUUUUUUUAUGUAUGCAUAUAUAUAUAUAUUAUGUUAGCUAGGAAAUAAUUGUUUUUUUUUUUUUCAUAAAUAGCUAGGUUUUAAGUAUCUAUAUUACCUAUAAUAAUUUAAAAUGUUCUCACUCAUUAAAUAUAAAUAAAUAAAUGAAUGUGUACAUGUAGGUAUAUGAUUGUUUUUAUAUUGUUAUAUAAGUGGUAUAAUAAUUGUUAAUAUUUAGAAAUAAAUUAUUUAGAGAAUCAUAGCUUAUUGACUUAAGUUUCUCUAAUACUAUACCUAAUUUAUGUUUGCAUAAUUAAUGUUUUGAAUGAUAUGUAUGGCAUUUAUUUUGGUGCCUAAUCUAGACAAAUCUAUACGUGCUAACUACCUAGGUAUCUACCUAUCUACUUGCUUAUAUAUUAAUUAUAAUAGUUAUUAUGUAAAUUUAAUAUAUUUAUUUGUAUGCAGGCAAAUGGUGAAUAUGGGCCAUUGAUGAUACAUCCACAUUUGUCACUAAUGUAUCAAUGUGGUCAGUUGGGAAAAUGUAAUGACCAAUCAAAUUCGUCAUAA